GGCGAGCUCUGCCUCUCAGGCAACCAGGUCGGGCGCGGAUACCUCGGGCGCCCCGACCUCACUGCCGCCGCCUUCUUGCCCGACCCGUUCUCGGAGCCCAGGCUGAUGAUGUACCGCUCCAGCGACCGCGCAAGGUGGACGAGCGACGGCCUAAUCGAGUACCUCGGCCGGCAGGACGACACGUUCGUGAAGCCGCGCGGGCUCCGCGUCGACACGGGCGAGUCGGAGGACGCGAUC